GCGCUCAUUGGGAAAACUUUCAGUUUCAUAGAGACAACGUUGGCGCGUAAACCGUUAGUUACAAGGUAUUCGCGUUGAAACGCUUUGCGAUUGAAUUGUGGUAUUUUGCAUUGUGCAGAGUUGUGCUACGCGUCGAUACACGCCUUUUGUGUUUGCUUCGCAGCACAUGUACGAUUACUAAGCGUUGAAUAUAAAAAUUAAAAAAAAAAAAAACAAAACAAAAACAUUUGUUCAUUGAAUUGUGCGAUUAAGCAUUUGAAUUUUGCGUGCCGCUGAAGGUGUUUUGGUGAUUGUGAAUUUUGUAGAGUCCAGCGCGUGAACAUGAAGAGGCUUUGGAAUCUGCUGUAUUUUAGCUUGUUGUGGCUGGGCACUAGCGCGAGAGCGCAAAGCUCAUUUUAUCGACGCGCUUAUUACAGUCCCAUGUCCUCAUCACCCACACACUACUUCACCUCACAUCCCGGCAGUCAUGAGUUCAUGCCGCUCUCGUACGCUAGCGAUCUGCAUACCGAAGAGAGUAAGCGCAAGGAAUCUCCGAAGAAGUAUGCUAAGAAAAUCUCAUAUCGUCAUGUAGCUUCGCAGGAAGAGGAAGACAAUUCUAGUGAACGCUAUGGUUCCAGCGAAUUCUCGAAUGAAGCGCAUAAUUUCAACUCGAAGGAGAAUGAUAGUCGCGAGUAUACGAUUGGCACACAAAUACGUGUACAACAUCCCAUAACUGUACCCAAGAAAUCUACGUCCUCCCAUCCCAAAUAUAGCACACAUUUGCCGAAUCAUUUCAAGAGCACCACUUACGCCGAUGUGAAUCUUUCGACCGAGGCACACGACACGAAGUUGCAGCCAGCUAAGAAACACAUACAUCAUCACAAAUACACACAAUUCUAUGAACCGGAUCCUUUCCAUAUGGUAUCACCACCCAAACCUACGCUAUCCUCCGUUUCACCAACCCCCAGUCUCAGUUACAAUGUUUAUGAGCCCGAACAGGAUGAAUUCGAUGUACAUCCACCUAGCUCGAACAGAGCUAAAUCUCAAUUGCGUGAACGUUUUAAGGGUGUUGCAUCGCAGAAGCAGAUCGAAAAGUACUUGGAAGAUCAACAGAAACUGCUGGAUGAAGCGCUUAAACUGCAAUUGCUUAAUAAUCCGAAAUUUCAACAUUUGAUGAAAACGAAAGAAACCGAGCACCAUUACGAUGAGGGUGAGUAUGAGGAAUUGCCCGUCGAUCCACAACCUCCACCAAUCUAUCGUCCCAGUUUCGAUGACAAUUUGACUUUCAAGUCGAAUCGCGCACGAAGACGCCCAAAGGCUGCCGAGUUGAAGCGUUCACCCAAGUCACCGAAGCCACCAUUGCCCAUAGUUGGCACGAGUAAGCGGCGAUUUCGCCCAUCACUUGUCAUCAAUGUUUGAGAAUGCCGAGGUCUAUUGGACGUUUUUACGUUGACAAGUGAAUAUUAGUUGUAGAUUUUGUGCGCCCAGCGCUGCUUUGCGAUUUUUUCUAGUUCUUAUAUUACUUAAUUCGUAUUUAUGAUUUAUUUGCUUAAGAUAUUAAUUUUUUUGUCUUUAAUAACAUCAUGAAAUAUUAUAUAACGAUAUAUAAACGUGUAAAUAAAAAUAUAUUAUAUUAUAAUUGUUUCUAGUA